AAAACUUAAAAACAAAAGGAAACCAGAUAAAUCUAGACCGCGAACCGAAAAAGGAAGUUGUCUCUCUCCUCUCCUCUCCUCUCCUCUGUGUUUUUUUUCCUUCUUCUUUUUCUUUUGCCGCUCUCCACGUUCCCGCUGUAUUUUCGAUCAAAUUAAAAGUAAACUAAACCCUACGUAAAGUAAACCAAUCAUCUUCAAUUAAAAUUCCUGUCUGUUUGAUUGAUUGAUUCAUACCCCUAGCUUCCUUCCAGUUUAGAUCUGAAAUCCAGCAGCAAGCAACGCGUGUAUUUUCUUGAAUCUUGAAUCCAAUUUCAAGAUUCGAAUUGGAGGGCUUAUUCUUACAAUAGAGGCGAGGUGGUGAAUUCAAAUAAAUUGAAUUAGUUUUUUUCAUGCUAUGGUUUAUGUGGAUAUAUCAGCAGCAGCUGUAGCAGCAGAUGUGAGUAUGGUAGCUGCAAAAGGUGAUUUGAAGAGAGAGCGUAAUCCAUUUCUGGUGAAUGAGAAUGAGACCGGGGAAUUAUUUCCUAACAAGAAACAAGCCAAACAAGAAGAAGCUUCAAACGACGACACAAAAUCUGAAGUUUCGAAUCCUGUAAUAACACUAGUUUCUCCUAAAGGCAACGGAUCAUCAUCCCAUGAUAUCUCUGAAGAAUCGCCUACGAAUGCGUGCCCCUCUUCAGAGGACACUCUGACUGUGAGCCAGGAAGGAGGUGGUAGCAGCAGUGAAGAUGACACCUCCCAUCAAAGUCCUCGAAAUGAUACUUGUGAUUCUGUCUCUAUGUCUCCUGUUGUGUUGGAGAUUCCUGAGCAUGCUAGUACCACGGGAGUUAGGAAGAUUACUUUUAAGUUCAGCAAAAGAAAAGAGGAUUAUGAUACCAAAACUUCGUCGCCUCACCCUCUACAUGGUGGAAUUGAUCAAGGACUGCUGUAUCAUCGUAAUGGGGAUUAUUAUCCAAGGAACCACUCUGUUUGGGUUAAUUCCUGCACAGAAAUGCUUCAGACCAGAGAAAGAUAUAUGGAGUUGAACAUGUCUAAGAAGGUCGUUCCCAACAACUACCCUACGAAUGUCAAAAAGUUGUUAGCAACUGGUAUUCUCGAUAGGGCUCGAGUCAAGUAUAUUUGUUUUUCUUCAGAGCGAGAGCUUGAUGGAAUUAUAGACGGCGGUGGAUAUUUGUGUGGCUGUUCGUCAUGUAAUUUCUCCAAAGUCCUUAGUGCAUAUGAAUUUGAGCAGCAUGCUGGUGCUAAAACUAGACAUCCAAACAAUCACAUAUACUUGGAGAAUGGGAAACCAAUUUAUAGCAUUAUUCAAGAACUAAAAACGGCUCCACUCAGCAUGAUAGAUGGAGUCAUAAAAGACGUGGCUGGUUCAUCUAUCAAUGAGGAGUUCUUCCGGGUUUGGAAAGCUAGUCUUAAUCAAAGCAAUGCACUUGUUGGAGCAGAUAAAAAAUGUCACAGCGAACUGCCUUGUUUGCCUCAUUCUCAUGUAAGCUACGCUAGUCAGGCUUUGAAAGAAAGCUUUUGCCCAAUUUCAAGCUCCUUUUUGUAUAAUAACAACUUUGUCAGUCAGCAAACGUAUAUGGAGACUUCAGGCGUGAAUAAGCAAACAUCGAAGAGGCCUAGCUUUUACUUCCCUGGCUCUGCUACGAAGCAAAAGAAAACAGCCGAGAGUGGUGUCAGGAAGAGGGAUAAUGAUCUUCACAGGUUACUCUUUAUGCCGAAUGGUCUUCCAGAUGGGACCGAAUUGGCUUACUAUGUCAAAGGGCAGAAAAUACUAGGGGGUUACAAGCAGGGUAAUGGUAUUGUCUGUAGUUGUUGUGAAGUAGAGAUUAGCCCUUCACAGUUUGAGUCUCAUGCUGGAAUGUCUGCCAGGCGUCAACCCUACCGUCACAUUUAUACUUCUAAUGGACUGACCCUCCAUGAUAUAGCUAUUUCGUUGGCAAAUGGACAAAACAUUACCACAGGUAUUGGUGAUGAUAUGUGUGCAGAAUGUGGAGAUGGAGGGGAUCUAAUGUUUUGUCAGAGUUGCCCUCGUGCUUUUCAUGCAGCAUGUUUGGAUUUGCAUGAUACUCCUGAAGGCGCUUGGCAUUGUCCAAAUUGCAAUAAACUUGGCCACGGAGGCAAUUUUGCAAGACCUAUUGUCAUCCGGCUGACUCGAGUUGUUAAAACUCCAGAAUAUGAUGUUGGUGGUUGUGCUGUUUGCAGGGCCCAUGAUUUUAGUGGCGAUACAUUUGAUGACCGAACAGUUAUCCUUUGUGACCAAUGCGAAAAGGAAUUUCAUGUUGGUUGCUUGCGGGAAAGUGGACUAUGUGAUCUAAAAGAAAUCCCCAAAGAUAAUUGGUUCUGCUGUCAAGACUGCAAUAAUAUCUAUGUAGCUCUCCGGAAUUCUGUUUCUACUGGAGUGCAGACAAUUCCCGCUUCGCUGUUAAAUAUCAUAAAUAGAAAGCAUGUCGAGAAAGGGCUACUUGUUGAUGAAGCUGCAUAUGAUGUGCAGUGGCAAAUUCUGAUGGGAAAGAGUCGCAACCGAGAAGAUCUUUCAUUGCUUUCGGGGGCUGCUGCAAUUUUUCGAGAGUGUUUUGAUCCUAUUGUUGCAAAAACUGGCCGUGAUCUGAUUCCUGUUAUGGUCUAUGGGAGAAAUAUAUCUGGCCAGGAAUUUGGGGGCAUGUAUUGUGUGCUUUUGACUGUAAGGCAUGUUGUUGUGUCUGCUGGUCUUCUGAGGAUUUUCGGUAGGGAGGUUGCCGAGCUUCCUUUAGUGGCUACAAACAGAGAGCAUCAAGGGAAAGGUUAUUUCCAAGCAUUAUUCUCGUGCAUUGAGAGGUUAUUGUGCUCCCUGAAUGUGGAACAACUGGUGCUCCCAGCAGCUGAGGAAGCAGAAUCAAUCUGGACAAGAAGAUUUGGCUUCAGAAAGAUGAGUGAGGGACAAUUGUUGAAGUAUACAAGGGAGUUUCAGCUGACGAUUUUCAAGGGAACAUCUAUGCUCGAGAAGGAAGUCCCACGGAUAAUUGAUUAGCAGCUUUGGUGCCCCAAGAAACUUCAUCAAAUUUAUAGAACUCUAGGCUUACUCUUCCACAAGCAUUUCUCUUUUACAUGUAAUAUUGCUGCUAUUUUUGUUUUUUUGCCAGCAGCCUGCAAUUGUUUUCUCGUAGAAACUAGAAUUGAAGGUGAAGGAGGUGAAGAGAUGAGUGCGUGCUGACCUUUUAUCAUGCAUGCAUGCUGCAAGAAAUCCAUAAAAACUGUAGGGUUUUUUUUUUAUUAUUAUUAUUCUCUGUAAGAUUCAUCA